AUGCCUGUCCGGAGGGGUCAUGUUGCGCCACAAAACACAUUUUUGGGAGUAAUAAUACGGAAAUUCGAGGGACAAAAUAAAAAAUUCAUCAUAGCCAAUGCCCGGGUGCAGAACUGUGCGAUUAUCUACUGUAACGAUGGCUUCUGUGAGAUGACGGGCUUCUCUCGGCCGGAUGUCAUGCAGAAGCCCUGCACGUGUGACUUCCUCCAUGGCCAGUUCACCAGCCGACACGCUGUGGCCCAGGUGGCCCAGGCCCUGCUGGGCUCAGAGGAGCGCAAGGUGGAAAUCACCUACCACCGCAAAGAUGGUUCAAAGUUCCUGUGUGCCACUCACAUCAUCCCGGUAAAGAACGAGGAGGGCGUGGUCAUGAUGUUCAUCCUUAACUUCGACUACGUCAUGGAGGAGGGGAGCAGUGACUCUCUGGAGAGGCUCAACCACACCUCCCCAUCCAAAGCUGACCAGCGUAAAGGUAGAUUCUUCCGUUUCCGUCUGCCGGCGUUACCUCUCCUUGGGAUCAGUAAACAGUCCCUUCCCCAGGAGGACCCUGACGCUGUCAUGGUGGACUCCCCUCAGCACAGCGAUGGCUCCGUGGCAACGCGUGAUUACCAGCUUCCUACCACACGAGAGAGCUGUAGUCCAUCCUACGCCAAUGACACACGUGCCCUCAUCGCCCCGAGCCACUGCUCCACCCCUGUGUCUGGGCCUCUGGACCACUCCUCACCCAAGGGCCCCUGGGACCGGAUCUACCCCGACCAGGAGGCUCCCACUCAGGCUAACAGUCAGGAUGACACCCUGACAGCCGCCCCCUCCAUCCCAGGCCUCACCCCCACCGCGUCCAGAGAAAGUGUAUGUAGCAUACGCCGGGCCUCCUCAGUGCAUGACAUGGAGGGCUUUGGCUCCAACUCCCACAAGAUGGUGUUCAGGGACAGACACGCCAGUGAAGACAAUGGUCGCAAUAUCAAAGUGUCUCGCUCCUGGAUGGCUGGCGGUCCUCUCAGUCAAAUUAAGUCCAGUUUACUCGGCUCUACAUCGGACUCAAACCUCAACAAGUACAGCACCAUCAACAAAAUACCCCUCAUCACACUAAACUUUUCUGAAGCCAACAACGAAAAGAAGUGCCCGUCGCCUCCGUCGUCAGAGAAAACUAUAAUCGCGCCGAAAGUCAAAGACCGCACGCACAACGUCACCGACAAAGUUACACAGGUCCUGUCUCUGGGUGCUGAUGUCCUGCCUGAGUACAAACUACAAACCCCUCGUAUCCACAGAUGGACCAUUCUUCACUACAGCCCGUUCAAAGCUGUGUGGGACUGGCUCAUCCUUCUUUUGGUCAUCUACACAGCCAUCUUUACUCCAUACUCGGCAGCGUUCCUCCUUAAUGACAUAGAGGAGCAGAAACGUCGUGAGUGCGGAUACUCUUGCUCCCCCCUUAACGUGGUGGACCUCAUGGUGGACAUCAUGUUCAUAGUGGACAUCCUCAUAAACUUCAGGACCACUUAUGUCAACUCCAAUGAGGAGGUUGUAAGUCACCCGGCGAAGAUUGCAAUACACUAUUUCAAAGGCUGGUUCCUUAUAGACAUGGUGGCGGCCAUACCGUUUGAUCUACUCAUCUUUGGGUCUGGAUCAGAUGAGACGACUACUCUGAUUGGUUUGCUAAAGACGGCACGACUCCUGCGGCUGGUACGUGUGGCUCGCAAACUGGACCGAUAUUCAGAGUACGGUGCUGCUGUGCUCAUGCUGCUCAUGUGCAUCUUCGCUCUCAUUGCUCACUGGCUAGCCUGCAUCUGGUACGCCAUCGGCAACGUGGAGAAACCUUACUUAGAGCAUAAAAUUGGAUGGUUGGACAACUUGGGCGUGUCUAUUGGUAAAAAAUACAACUACAGUGACCCCGGCUCGGGCCCGUCCAUCAAAGACAAGUACGUCACAGCGCUGUAUUUCACCUUCAGUAGUCUAACCAGCGUGGGCUUCGGAAACGUCUCCCCAAACACCAACUCGGAAAAGAUCUUCUCCAUCUGUGUCAUGCUCAUUGGAUCUUUAAUGUACGCUAGCAUCUUUGGAAAUGUGUCAGCCAUCAUCCAGAGGUUAUACUCGGGGACUGCCAGGUAUCACCUCCAGAUGCUUCGAGUCAAAGAGUUCAUUCGCUUCCACCAGAUCCCCAACCCCCUGAGGCAGAGACUGGAGGAGUACUUCCAGCACGCGUGGACCUACACCAAUGGCAUCGACAUGAAUAUGGAGGUCUUAAAGGGGUUUCCUGAGUGCCUGCAGGCAGAUAUCUGCCUCCACCUAAACAAGACCCUGCUCCAUGACUGUAAGGCCUUCCGCGGAGCAUCCAAAGGCUGUCUGCGCGCUCUGGCCAUGAGGUUCAAGACCACCCACGCCCCACCGGGAGACACCCUGGUCCACAGCGGAGACGUGCUCACAGCGCUUUAUUUUGUGUCCCGCGGCUCCAUUGAGAUCCUCAAAGAAGAUGUGGUAGUGGCCAUAUUGGGUAAGAAUGACAUUUUCGGAGAGAUGAUCCACCUGUUUGCCAAACCGGGAAAAUCCUGUGCCGAUGUGCGUGCGCUCAGCUACUGCGACCUUCACACCAUCCAGAGGGAGGAGAUCCUGGAGGUGCUGGACAUGUACCCAGAGUUUGCUGACCACUUUUUCACCAAUCUGGAGCUGACCUUUGACCUUCGAGAUGAAAAUGCUAAAACUUACCCUAAGCGCAGCAGCACAGAUGAAAUCAGGUGUCGGCGGCGGGUGUCAUAUAGAAGGAAGUUUUCUACAGGCUCCAACAACAAGAUGCCAGUGGACACAUACUGUGGCGGCCGGCAUCAGCGCCACAUGUACACCUCAUCGGCUACGGACGACAGAGGAGAAUCUGCGGAGGAGGGGGAGGAGGAAGAGGAGGAGGAGGAAGAGGAGGAGCAGCGACCUCUCUGUUCAGGGGUGCUGGGUUACCCUGUGGUCCGGGACCACCCUGUGGGGCUGGGACUUAGCGCUGCAGCAGGCGAGACUGGAGGCACUACCCAGGGCCAACCUUUUAAAGAGCUGGAUGCACAGGAUUGGGUCCCCCAGCGCCCCACUGAGAGUGCAGAGGAGCCCGCCCCCUGUGAGGGCCCUGCAGCCGCCGAGGACAGCGACUCUGACCUGACCUAUGGAGAAGUGGAGCAAAGAUUGGACUUGCUACAGCAGCACCUCAACAGACUGGAAUCCCAGAUGACUUCAGACAUCCAGGCCAUCCUGCAGCUGCUGCAAAGGCAGAGCACGGCUGGGCCUCCUGCCUAUAGCACCAUCACCUCCAGCCCCGACUACCACAAGGGAUCGGCUAUCCGCGUGCAGCCAGUGUCUUUGCAGGGCGAGCUGGCACUGGCCCCCGCACCUCCUCAGCUUCAGAGCCCAGAAAACUCCCAGAGCAAAUCCAAAGAACCGUCUCCGGUCCUGGGUGCGGAGACUCUUCCAGAUGGGGACUUUGCUGGACUGUUGGAAAGUGAAUCGGACACAGAGCAGAGACAGAGACAUAACCACGUGGACACAAUGGACACGCAGGUGGUCGGACUCUCUUCAGGCAGACAGGCCUCACUGCCCGAUGUCCCCAGCAGCUCAGGGAUGAUGGGACUCCACAGGCCACUGUCCGACCCAGGGCUGCCCCAACCUUAG